GUUGUUUGUAUGUCGAGUUUCGCGACAAAUCGCUUUCUUCGCCGCUGCAUAUUUCUGUUCCAUUAUUCCUUCCAACAGCCAUUUUCAUCAUGUUUUCACAGUCAUCCCUCAUGCAUACCGAACAAGUCCGAGUGCGCGGCCACUCCAGUCACUUUGCAACAUCGUGACCGCAAACACGUUAUGACAGUGAAUACAUUAUCAAAUUUCCCCCAACAAUACAGGAAACAGCAUGCCAACCGAAAUAAUGAGUAAGCCAUACAAGCUCAAGGCCUCUGCGGCACCAGUAGCCUCGUACAAAGUCUGUCUUCAUUCGGCACUGGCGAGCGCAACCGCAACCGCACUCAACGGACAUCAACCUCCUCAGCUGGGCGGCGGCACCCCUGCCUUGGCCUUCCCGGCCUCCGACUUCCGGCCACAGCAAGUAAACAGCGCGGACCCGGCGGGACAGCGGAGAAGUUGCUGUACGGAUCUCGGUCAGGAUAUCGUCUCGAGUCUCCUAUGUCGAGCCCCUCUGCGCAUAUUCGACUCCCAGGCCAACGAUCCGUGACGUUUUCUGAUCACCGCCGCGAGCACUACCGCUCCUGCCCGCCUAGCCCCCUGCCCGCCUUUCGCAUCAAUAGCGAAGAUCACUUCGUAAACUCGUUCCAUCGCCAACCGGUGAACAAAUUCCACCGCCACCAGAAGGGAGCUCAUCGACGCCCACCCUCUCCAUAUCCGCUACACGACCGGAACCACUCCUCGAGGCCAAUUUGUGGGGACCUGGGAAUGGAUUCUCCUACCCACGAGCGCGGUACAUGUCCGUACUGCCACGAAAACCACAGCUAUCCUCUAUUUCCGGAGCAUGUGAUGCAAAUGCCAGUUACAGAGCGUAUGAAGCGCUGGUGGAAGGGUAAGAAGAAUCAGGUGGUGGAUGCUACUGUCGAGGCUUGGUACCGCACGAAAGAUCGGCUUGGGAAGAAAGGCUGAAGGUAAGUAUCUAAUUGCCCGGAGGGAUUCGGCUAGCUUUGUGAAGGUAUGGUUGCUAAGGUAGGGCAUUUGGAAGACCAUUUAGGUAGG